CCAGCCAUCCUCUUUCCAUCAUCUCUUUCAAAUGCUGUCAACAGUCCAAAACCCUCGCUUCCUCCUCCGACAAUGUCGCCACUUCCCUCCAAAACGGCGCCGUUUCCACUCCUCCACGCCUCUCUUCCUCUCCCAACCCCAAACCCUAGCCUCCACCGACCCGCCUUCUUCGCCGCCCCAGUCCCAAAUCCUCACCAUCCGCGACAACCUCAUCAACCGCCGCACCACCGCCGUCGAACUCGCUCAACUCUCCCUGAAUCGGCUCCGACUAACCGAGCCACAAAUCAACAGCUUCAUUAGCGUCUCCGAGACUGUUCUGAGAGAAGCCGAGGAGAUUGAUGCGAAGAUUGCCAGGAACGAAGAAUUGGGACCCUUGGCUGGAGUUUUCGUCGGAGUUAAGGAUAAUAUUUGCACGGCGGACAUGCCAUCGACCGGUGGGUCGAGGAUUUUGGAAAAUUACCGGCCGCCGUUCGAUGCAACCGCAGUGAAGAGAGUGAAAGAUUGUGGAGGAAUUGUUGUUGGGAAGACGAAUUUGGAUGAAUUUGGUAUGGGAAGUACCACUGAAGGCUCUGCUUUUCAGGUGACUGCAAACCCUUGGGAUGUGUCUAGGGUGCCAGGAGGAUCGUCAGGGGGCUCGGCUGCAGCUGUUUCUGCUAGACAGUGUGUGGUCUCAUUGGGAAGUGAUACUGGUGGAAGUGUAAGACAGCCGGCAUCUUUUUGUGGUGUUGUUGGAUUAAAGCCAACAUAUGGCCGUGUGUCGAGAUUUGGACUUAUGGCAUAUGCAUCAUCACUUGAUGUCAUUGGAUGCUUUGGCUCAUCAGUUGCUGAUACUGGGAUUCUUCUUCAUGCAAUUGCUGGUUAUGAUGGACUUGAUUCUACAAGUAGUAAGCAUGAGGUUCCCAACUACACUUCUCAAUUCAUGUCCAUAAGUUCACUGGAAUCUAAACCUUUGAAGGGACUGAGAGUUGGUCUGAUCCGUGAAACACUUGAUGAUGGUGUUGAUAAAGCUGUGGUAUCUUCAAUCGUUGGAGCAGCUUCACAUUUAGAAGAGUUAGGGUGCACCGUGACUGAGGUGUCAUUGCCUUCCUUCUCCCUUGGGUUGCCAGCCUACUACAUUCUGGCUUCAUCUGAAUCAUCUUCCAACUUAUCACGUUAUGAUGGUGUCAGGUAUGGAAGCCAAGUUGGUGCUGAUCGGCUAAAUUCUCUAUAUGGCGAUUCCCGAGCUAAAGGAUUUGGUCCUGAGGUGAAAAUGAGAAUUUUAACGGGUACAUAUGCCCUUUCAGCCGGUUAUUAUGAUGCAUAUUACAAGCGUGCCCAGCAGGUGAGGACCUUGGUUCAGAAAAGUUUCAAGGCAGCAUUGAAUGAAAAUGACAUCCUAAUUUCACCUGCAGCACCAUCUCCUGCUUAUAGUAUUGGGGAAAAGAAAAAUGAUCCACUGGCAAUGUAUGCAGGGGACAUCAUGACUGUCAAUGUGAACUUGGCUGGGCUGCCUGCAUUGGUUUUACCCUGUGGAUUCGUUGAAGGAGGGCCUGCUGGUCUUCCUGUUGGUCUUCAAAUGAUUGGUGCAGCAUUUGAUGAGGAAAAAUUGCUCAAAGUGGGUCAUAUCUUUGAGCAGAUGCUUAAAGGUUACAAAUUCAUUCCUCCAUUGUUAGCUGAUGGCAUUGCAUGUUAGCUACUCAUCCUUUCUCAAAUACUGAGGAAUCUGUGGUCAAUUUUUUAAAGAUAUUCCAAUUGAUAUGCUGAUAUAUAUCUCAUUGAAGCGCUUGGGAUCGGAUUCAUCAAAUCUUGCGAAAGCAUUUUUUGAGGAUUGGCCUGCUGUUUUUUCCCAGCAACAAUAUAUUACAUUUUUGGGUGGUAUUAUCAGCAGGUUUUCUCUUGUAGCCAUUGGUGAUUGGACCAAUUCAAAUGGAAAUGCAAUUUUUUUUUGGUUGUUUCUAAUAAGAGUCUGGUGAAAGAAAACCUUUAUGGUUCAA